AUGGCUACAGCAAAAUCUGUAACAAUAAUUUCUGACAAAUACUUGAAUCAAAUGAGGCUAGAAUGUGACCCUUUGGCAGACGAUGCAGUCUCGGCAGCGGUGAGAUAUCACGGGGAACGUGUUUUGAAAUGUCAUGAACUUUACAGCACAAUCAAAGAACUUGGUGAAACUUACCAGGAUCCUAGUUGCGCGAGGUUUCUAGAGUUCUACGAACAUGAACCUCCGUGGAAUGUAGACUGGGAAAAAUGUGACUCAGGAAGACGAUUCUUUGUUCGAAACAGUGCUAUUGCGGGCCUUGUUCUGAUGUAUUGUAGCUUGGUGAAAUCAUUCACAGCUGCGUUUGGAAACAAGGUAAGCUUACUAAAGUUAUGGAUCAGUCAAUUCCAGCUGCGCCCAACCCCCCACCCCCCCGGGCUGACCCCUGGGCGUUAGCUUUUUUUUUUUGCCUUGGAUGGCAAAUUCCCGGGGGUGGGGUCUCUUGAGCUGUCAAAUCCCCCAGGGUAGGAGAGAACAUGCCUUUACAACCCUCUUCAAUUUUUUCCUGUCAUUGAUUGAUGAGCCAAUAUGCUUGUUUUUCCAGUAAAAUCCUCUGUGUAGUUAUAUUCUGAUAGGAAACCAUGUACGUGUCAAAGGCUUGGGAAUAGCCCUGGGGCUGGCAAAUGCCCGGCCCCCAGGCAGCACAAAAUUUGCAAAUGCCCGACCCCCGGGACUGACAAAUGCCCUGCAUUGGCCCAAGGGGGUCCUGGGCACAAAUGGAAUUGACUGAUGCAUUAAUCAUUAAUAUUCCAAAAUCCAUUCAUUUUCUAAUGAGCUUAAAUAAUAUUAUAGCAUGAUUUAUUUGUUCUCGUGAAUAUAAAGUGAAACUCUUAAUCAAUUUUUUUAAACAUAACUUUAAAUCUCUGCUCACAAAACAUUUAAUCACUAGUUGUUAAAAGCUUACUUAUAGUUGCAGUGUGUUAUAGGUCAAAGUUUCAGGUUAAGGUUUUUUAACUUAAGAUGGUUCUCAGUGUACUUUGUCUCCUAGCACUAAUUAUUCAUGAAUCAGGGCUGGGAGACAAAGGAAAUUGAGAAUCAACCUAGGUUACAAAUUUUUAACCUAAAUUUAAUUUUGACCUGUAACAAAUUUACUAAGGAGCCAAUAAGGGAAUUAUCACACACAAACAUAGUACGAACAUUCUCAACUACUGGUAUUUUACCAGGUUUUAACAGCCAUGGGUCGCAUGACUGCAUACGGAGAUGUCCGCCGCAGACUGUUUGAAACCCUACACUUUGUCAAGGAAGUGGUUCUUGGUGCACCAGGGGACAUUAAAGCAGAAUGCACGAGGGUACGUCUGCUCCAUGCUGCUGUCCGUUAUUAUGUUCAACAUCAUGACAACAGAUGGGAGGUAGAGAAAGUAAGUGUAGCAAAAGAAAAAAGAUUUAUCAUUGUCCAGGUCCCAGUUGUUCAAAAGGUGGAUAGUGCUAUCCACCAGAUAAGUCUCUAUCCACUGGAUAGCACAAUUUAUUGUUUUCUGUAAUACUUUAUUCACUGGAUAGUGAUUUAUCCUGUGGAUAGCACUAUCUUGCUUUUGAACAACUGGGGCCAGGUAGACUUGAUUACCAGCUGUUUUGGGACACCCUGUUAGGGUUAAAUCCAGACAUUAAAAGCAACAUGGUAGGGUCGAUUUCCUCCGCUCUCUCUGUCCUCCCCAAGAAGAGACGGCUGAACGCGUGAGUGGCCUAUGUAUGAUUUUGAAAUUUAAUUGAUGGGUCAUUAUAAAACAACAGAACCAGGAAAUGUCAUUAAGUACCAAACACUUGUUGUGCUUUGCCUCUUCAUCGCUUUGGUAUUCAUCAUAAAAAUCAGCAGAAACACAACCUACUGAUUGAGGGCGUUUAUACUGAUCUUGCAUUAGUGAAGUUUGGAGUGAAAUUACAAAUAGCCUUGACAGUUUGACAGUCAUCUCUUUCAUGUUGGCUGUCAACAACGAUCGUUGCAGACUGGAAAAUAAUUAAUGAUCCAGAUACGGUUGGUUGAAUUUCAAAAACAUACUUAUCGUUUUCCAACUUCUCUAAGCUAACGCUUUUCGUUGUAAGUGUUUCAGGAUUUUUAGUGUUUGAUGCUCUAACACAUGAUUGCACACCACAUCAAACAACACCUUUGCAUCCACCUUUUGAAGUCUGCUCCAGGCAAUUAAAUGUAUUUUGCCUCCUGGAUUUGAGCAGGCAAUGAUCUGAUUAGUGAUAAUUGACAAUUGACAACUCAUGUGUCCAGCCGUCUUUUCUGUGGAGGAGUGCAGGCUCAUUUCCCAAACAGAGGCUGGUAAUCGAGCCUAGCGACAUGAUCUUGAAACAGCGACAUAAAACUAGAUAAAAUGACGACAAACGACAAAAGAUGGGUUAAAUACCAACAGGGGCAUAUCAUGGCCUACUCUGAAAAAAUAAUUCAGACUAGGGGCAUUCAUAUCAACUUGCCACUACCCCCAACCCCCCUCUUUUGUGUGCCCACAUUCCUGGAGGCAGAAUGCCAACCUGAGUCCAUCAAAUGGCAGGAAAUUGAGCCGAUUUUUCAGUUUAAUUAUCUUGAAUCUCUAUGAAGGAUAACUUGAAUACUGGUAGGAUAGGGGACUUCUAUAUAAGGUGAAAGGACAGUGUUGUAAAUGUGUGUUGUUUUUGACCAUGCUGGUGAGGGUUGCUUCUCACUGGUUGCCAUGGAUACAUUGUGUUUGUCUUUUAUGUGCUUGGAAUGACCAUCCUUUCAGGCACCUACACUAAACCUCAUAUAUUGUUGAUGAGUUAAAUUUCAAUAGGUAGUCUUAUGUUACCACCUGCUUUUUGUGGCUAAUAGAGCACCUUUGUAGAAAACAGCUGACAUUUUGUGAUGGCAUGGUUUCCCCCUCAAAAUGACGUCUGAGAAACGAGGGCAGAAAUUCAAUACUGAUGACCCUUCGCUACCCAGAUCUGGGUAGUGCUUCUGAUUGGUCAUACUGAGUGGGAAAUUUGCUUUAGCCAAUCAGAAGCUCUACUCAGAUCUGGGUAGUGACAUGUCAUCAGUAUGGAAUUUCUGCGCUCGUUUCUCAGACGUCAUUUUGUGGGGAACCAGCGGUGGCGUUAUGAAAUGUCAGCUGUUUCUCAGGCUACCUUCUAUCUAGGUAAGCAAACCCACAAAGUUGAUACUGUAAGCAAACAGUCUGACUCAGAACUUACUCUAUUCCUGAAGGACUGAGGGAAAUGGUAGCCCGUUUUUUUCUGUGGGGAGAGGGGAAGUUUGUACACAGGCUAGGGAAAUGGGUGAUGGCCAGGAGGUAUUUAACAGUGCUGAAAAUCAGGCAAGGGCUGGAAACUUGCAUUUUUAAUUUCCCUUCAACAUGAUUGGCAAAUCGACAAUGACAUUCUUAACAGUCCAUUGGUGGAACAUACUCAAAUCCUGGUCCACAGGUGGGGGCCCAGAACAAAGAUUUCUCCACUGUUUCACGGACAGACCUAACCAGAACUUUAGUUCCAUCAGUGAUGCAGGCUAACCAGUGGCAGAUCUAGGGGAGGGGCCAGCUCCACCCCCCUUAUUUUUAGACCAAACUGAGGCCUGAAGGGGCGAAAAAAUUUUGGGGGGAGACCGGGCCCUCCCCCCCUACCUAAGGGUCUGGAUCUGGCACUGCUAACAUAGGUGAGAGCAGAGAAAGAUCGGGGCAACUACCAGGAAAGGAAAAGAACCAGGGCCUAGUUGUUUGAAGGCCGAUUAGCUCUAACCCAGGGUUAAAUUUUAACCUGGGUUCUUUUUCUUUUGUUUAAAACCUUUUUUCCGGAUAACUUUCUCAAUUCUUUUUGGAGCUCCAAUCAUCAAAUUGUAGGCAAACAGAAUAAAACUGAAUUUGCUUUUUAAGCUUUCAUAUCUGAAUUCUAAUUUCACACUAACCCUGGGUUAUCUUUGAACAACCAGGCUCAGGAGAGAUUGGAAACAGAAGAGAAGGGAUAGCUUGGAGUGGGCGGGGCAGGGUGUAAACCAAGAGAGAACAGAAUGGGAAGAAUGUGCGGAGGAGGUAAGAAUUAAGAGGGAAACCAGGACUGUAAACUAGCAGAUGAGGACGGAGAGACCAGGGAAGGAGGGCAUGGGAAUGCUGCAGAAAAACCUAGAAAGUUGAAAUACAGGGAAUAGGGAACAGGAACCAGGAGAGGGCAGGAAAAAGAAAAGAAUUUGAAGGUCAGGUGAGAAGGAGAGAGGAUCCAGGAGGGGUAAGUAGAGGUCCAGGGAAUCGAAGUCAUGAUACAAGUGUAAGGAAGUAGUAGGACAAAAAGUUAUGCUGCAGCACAGAAAGUUCAAAUUGUCAUCACUUAUCUCAAUAAUUUACUAUAAUUAUUUUUCUUAGUAUGGAUAUCCAAUCAACCAAGAGGACCUUGCGGGAACACUUUCAACGUUUUCCUCAGUUGUUCUAAGAGGGUUAGAGCUAUUGGGAGUGAUGGCGACAGACAGUGAAAAAUAUGGCUACCAACAGUUGUGGAAAUUUGUGGGGUAUUACCUUGGUUAGUAUCAGUACUUAUUUUAUUAAAUACACGUAGCUAGAGAGCACAUUCUACUGUCGAACCUCUGCCAAUGGCCACCUCUCUACAACAACUCCUUUUUUUUGUCCCAGCAGACAAGAAAUCCAUACAUUGACUUGUUUAAAACCUCUCUAUAAUGGCCACUUUUUUCUCUCCCCAAGGUGUCCAUUGUAGAGAGGUUCAACUGUAUUUCAAAGUGCUAUUUCAAUAGUUUUUGGAGUAUAUGAUACAUUUGAAACAAAAUUUUGUACAGUCCAUUCAUGGUCUUAGGAGUGUGAUGAUUUUAAUGUGGCUUUACAAUAAUAUUAUUGAUUUCAAAUGGCAAAAAUCCCCUGACGAUUGCCAUUUCAGUGAGCAAACCCUGUUUUUAUAUGCAACUUGUUAAAUAACUCAGUUCUUGAAUUAAAAUUCACCCAGGCCUUACAAUAAAAUUUUCUUUACUGUCAAACUGCCAAUUAACCUCUGAGGCACAUGCGCAAUACAAGCCUGUGUAGCAGGUGUUGGUCAAAAGGGGUAGGGGAUAGGAACGAAGGGAAACAGGGAGGGGGGUCAGGAUAAAAAAAGGGAGGGCUUUCGCACUUUUCACUCCCCCCCUUCCCUUUUUGUGCCUGCUACACAGGCCAUACACUAUAAUCAUGUGGGUUGUAAUAAUUACCGGUAACAUUAAUUUUCACAAAAGUUUUCCAAAUCUUCCCAAAACUUUCCAUAAAUUUCAAUUUUCACAAAAACUAUCAGUCAAUAAACAAACCCUGGUUAGUAAGCAUCAACAGCGGGGAAUUUUUAGUGCUUGUAUGUCAUUUUGUGGGGAAACCAGUGGCAGCACUGCGAAAUGCCAGCUGUUUUCUCAGGCUAAUUUUCACCCCAUAACACAUUCUUUUUGGUUCAGGAACAGAAAAUGAUCUAUUGUGCGACAGCUAUGAAGAGGAAAAGAAUCUGUCUGACUUGAUAAGCUCAAGACAGUGUAACCCCGACAAGGACUCUUUGCUGUUGACAGAAUCCCUUCUGCAAGCAUUUGCAAGUAAAUCUCCCUUUCAUCUUAGUUAUGAUACCACAAGCAAACUUUCAAGGCACCUUAUCAAUGACAAAGAUCUUGCCAACAAGCUUCAUCUCAGAACGUUUGGUCUCUUAGGUCAAACAGCCAUGACAUUGUUUUAUGUCUUUCUUAGGCUGUUUGUAGUAAUCCAAAGAAUAGUGUAUCCAGUAGAAUGGGUGAUGUAUGCAUUUGGAAAGUAUUCUUUGAAGUCAUUAGUUGAACUUUCUUUGAAUGGGAGAAAGCCUUCUUAUUUAAUGAAGGCUCAUUCAUGA